AUGUCUGCUUCGUCACCGUCUCUGAGUAACAAUGGCUUCUCCGUCGCCGUCACGCCUCCCAAAACUCUCCGUGGUCUUAACAAGCCCAAGUGUAUCCAAUGCGGCAACGUCGCUCGCUCCAGGUGUCCGUUUCAAUCUUGUAAGGGUUGUUGUUCAAGAGCAGAAAACCCCUGUCCGAUUCACGUUCUUAAAGCAGCUUCGACGUCUGCUGAGAAGACGCAGGCGCCAAGUACUCCGUCUUCAGAGCAGAAAGCAUCCGAGAGCACUCCCGGGAGCACAACUAGAGUUUCAUCAAUCCGCCAGCUAUCCCAGAUUAACAACUUGAAUGCUUCUUCACGCCUGAGAAAGCCUUUGUCGAUAAAGGACGCUCAAGCGUUAAACGAGUGGCGGUUUAAGAAGCUCAAAGAGUAUAAAGACAGAAACAUUGAAGUGGAAAACGAAGCGUUUGAUCGGUACAUGAGCAAUGUGAAUUUACUAGAGGAAGCCUUUUCUUUGGCAUCUGUUCCUGAAGAAGAGGAUCCUGGAGCAGCAGCUUCUGAAAGACUUGUUUCGGAGCUUAAGCUGAGGCUGAGAUCGAACUCUGCAAGAACAGAGAGUUUCAAGAAGCGGAUCGCAGAGACUGUCAAAGCCGGUUUGAUGAAGGUUAAGAGGACAAAAUUCGGCGGUAGAUCAGAUGAUCAAGAUGAAAUCAAAAGACGGAUCAAAAGAAGUAAAUUGGAUGAGAAAACUUCAGCUAUGAGUGAAGUGAUCGAUAAAGUGAACAAAGCAAGAACCGAAGAGGAUCUCAAGUCUUGUGUAGAGAUGAAAACAAAGCUCUGUGGUCAUGUUUCUUCUUCCAAUGAAGCAUCAUCAUCAGAGAAGAACAAGCUUUUACAUGGUGAUAAGCGACUAGUUGAGAUCAGCGAAGAAGCACUUCAAAAAAUAGAGGAGCAUUUCCAGUCUUGUGACCAAGUUUUAGCUUUGUGA